CACGAUAUUCGCCUCGAUCCAGGUGACUGCCUAGCUGCCUACAACAUAAAGCACAUCGAGGUUGAAAGCCGGACUUCAGGAUACUGCUUGCAUACAUCUAGCUGAUCCGGCUCAUUAAGCCUGAGGGGAUACCAAACGUCAAGAUGGCGGAUAAAUCUCGUUUGUGGGAUCAAGGAGAAGACCAUACCGUAGAGGUCAACCAGCGGGCAUUGAUUGAUAAGAUCCUCGCCCGGUAUUCUGGAGAGUAUACGAUCUUUCGAGAGCUGCUGCAGAACGCAGAUGAUGCGAAUGCGAAAUCGGUCAAGAUCCGGUUCUUGACAUCUGAGGGUAGUAAAGGGUCGCUAGGACAGGAUAGAGAGCUACCUGAACUGCUCAAAGUCCCGAUCCACCAAUAUGUCAUAGAAAACGAUGGUGUUCCGUUUCGGGAUCAGGAUUGGUCACGUUUAAGAAAGAUCGCAGAGGGAAAUCCGGACGAUGACAAGAUUGGAGCUUUCGGAGUCGGUUUCUACGCUCUGUUCAGCAUUACCGAGUCUCCAAUGGUCGAAUCGGGUUCCAAGUGGAUGGGGUUCUACUGGAAAGACGGCAAAGAUCAGUUGUUUGCAAGGAGUGGAAGCCUGCCAGAAGAUAUGCCUACAACGGAGAGCAUGUCAGGUAACUCUUGGACGAGAUUUAGCAUGGAUCUGCGCAAUCCUACGCCAAUAGAAGGACCCCUUGACUUUGCCCGAUUCUUGGUACAGAGCCUGACCUUCAUGAACCAGAUUAGGGACGUACAGAUGUUUGUUGAUGGAUGGCAAGUCCUGCAUCUCACGAAGGAGACGGGGAUUGCCAAUGUCGGGGUCCCCCUUACAGACUUUCCAAGACCGAAAGGAAAGGUCCCGCUGAACAAGGUUAUGCAUCUCGAUGGCUUGGGCCAAACCUCCGUGAGAAUCUCUGCGCAUACCAUGUCGUGGCUACAGGACGUCGGUCUUCAGCACGUUGCGCCGCUACCAGCUGUGGAAAAGGUAAAACCGGCCACCUCUGGCAUAGGCUUUGCCUCAAUGUUCUCUUCCGUCUUUUCAAGAUCUCUUACUCCGACAAAGGCCUCCGCUCCACCACCAUCACCGCCAGUACUGCCCAAGAAAAAUCCGCGGGAGAUCCUAUCAAGUUCAAUGAUGCUGCAGGUCUAUCAAGCGGCUGUACGAGUUACCGUUGACAAGAACCUGGAGAAGGAGUUGGAAAGAGCAACAAAGAAGCCGCCGCCAAAAAGCACCGUAUUGCAAUUGAUCUUUUCCGAGGCGCCGGGGCAAGACGUUCGCAAAAAGCCUGGCGUCGCAGACGACAUUUUCGGCGGGUUGAAUCCAGACACCGGCGGUAGGAUUUUUAUCGGACAAGCUACCGGUCAAACGACAGGUCUCGGAGGUCAUAUCGCGGCACGUUUUAUCCCCACAGUUGAGCGGGAGUCGAUCGACUUGAUGGACCGCUUCGUCAGCAUCUGGAACAAGGAACUGCUUUCAAUCGGUGGACACGUCGCUCGCCUCGUUUACGAGGUUCAGCUCAGAAAUUUGAAGGAGAAGUGGUCCGCUGUGCAACCCAAGCGUAUCGACUUAGUACAGGGGUCUACCUCACCGGACGCAGCCGCUGCGAGUGCCCUACUCGCUCAAGCAGCACAUACGAUGCGAUACUUUACAUUCCAACGUUCGACACCUUCAGCCCAGGUGUCACAGCUCAUGGAGUCAUCGUUCUUUGCCAGUCUAGGCGACGCCACUUUACCAGUCCUCUCCACUGCAGGAGUACGUGGGGCCGACAAGGUUCGAUUACCAAACCAGAUGCUGGACAAGUUCUUGCCGAAUCUGGCUGUCUUGGCUCGGACGCUUGAUACAGAGGCUGAACUGUUCGUCGCACGACUACGGGAGAGAGGCAUGCUUGCCGAUGUCGCCCUCGCGGACGUGAUUGCGGAAUUGAACGCUGGACCUUUGGACGAAGACCAAUUCCUCGCCUGUGUCGCGUGGUGGAAGCAGAUCGUAAAUCUGCCUCAGUAUGACUCUUCUAUACAAAACCGUCUUGUCGCGGCGACUGUGGUGGCGAUUAAAGACCCCGACACACAGCUGGACAAGAUUGUGCCGUUGGGCGCCAUGAAGACGUUUCUGAACCCGAACAUGAUACCUGCCGACAUCCCUUCCUUGCCCUCUGACACGGUCCCGUAUUCGAUAUCGAAGCGCCUCCAGACGUCAGACAUGGUCAAUAUCUUCGGGUGGCAUGAACUCGGCCUUGCAGAAUGGGCUAGGACUUUGAGUGAGCAAGAGUUCCAGGAAUCGCCCGAAACCGCGGAGCGCCUCCUAGGGAUACUGGCUCGUGCGUGGCCACGGCUUUCCAAUGUCAACCGCGACGAGAUCAAGAGGACCCUUCAAGACGUCAAAUGCAUACCGACCAGCCUAGGUUUCAGGAAGCCAGGUGAUUCCUACCAUCCGGAGGUGUCUCUCUUUGAGGACCUGCCAGUCAUUUCCUUGCCUCACGCCGCGAUCAAGGGAGCGUUGCGAUCGAUGUUGGAUCACCUCGGCGUGCGGUCUGUCGUGGACUUGCAGCUGAUUUUCACGAGGCUUGUCGGGAAAUCGGUUUGGUCCUGCGCCGAGCUUGUCAAGUACUUGAGUUCGGUUCGUAAAUCGUUGUCUGAUAACGAAUUUGCCCGGUUGAAAAGAACGGCAGCGUUCCCGAUCUGGGACCCCAAUCGAGCGGAAUCAGACAAAUCCCAACCUAUCAAAAGGACGACACCCGAUGCUCUGUGUGAACCUACACAAGAGAACAAAGAUCUUGGCGUGCCUGUUCUCGAUUAUGGCGGUUCUGCAUGGAAGCCGUUCUCAAUCGAAGCGACUUUCAUGUAUGAUCUGGGUUUACGCAAGCACGCAAAUCUGGCGGAUGUCCUGCGCAUAGCAUCGAGCGUGGAUCGAGAUGUUCACCAAAGGGGCUUGGACUACCUUGUGAAGAAUUUGAGGCACUAUCCCGGAUUUAACGCUACACUUCAAGCAGGCGACGUAGCAUUUAUACCCGCCAAAACUCCUAGUGGCGCGUUUCAAUUGGCUAGGCCGUCAGACGUUUACACAAACGAAGCGGCCGGGUCCAUAGGCUGUCUAGUGAUCAAUAACCUCUCGACCGAUAUCGCCACGAAGCUACAACUUCUGAAGGAUCCUCCCAUAUCUGUACUCGUACAGUACCUGACACGCACACCUCCUGCGACAGUGGAUCAGGGAAAAUUGGCGUUCAGGUAUCUAGGUACUCGUCUACAAGAUUUGCAUCGAGAGAUCCCUCGGUUAUCCACCACUGCUUUCAUCCCGACGGACAGGGGAACUCACGUACCCCCUCUACAAACAUUCUUCACGCCAAGAGAUCGCCAAUCUGAGGUCUAUCAGCUUUAUAAGGAUUUAUACACCUUCGUCGAUUUCGAUGAGGGGAACUUAUUCCUCGAACAAGUCGGUGUAAAAGCUCAACCGACCCAGGAGCAGAUCGCCCGUAUGUUGGUGGGAGAUCCUUUUGGUGCUAUGCGAAAAUUGGCCUCAGCGGAGAAAUAUCUGUCGCAAUUGCGGUUACUCGCCACUGGCUACCCCUCCUUCCCACUAGAUUUGAAGCGGGACAUGUCGAGAGCGUCAUUCCUCCUUGGACUGAAGAAGGUUCCAGGGAAAACAUCGGAUCAGACGAUCUCGGAGAAGACCCCUAUCAGCGACGAGGACGGCCAAGUCGAAUUCGUGCUAACCAGAGCAUCAGAUUUAGCCAUCGUUGACGAUUCUUAUCUCGCCAAACUUUUCGCUGACGCGUUCGUGGGCGCGCCCGAGGAAACCCUUCUUGAGGAUUUCUACGCUCAAUUGGGCGUCAAGGCUCUGAGCACAUACAUCAAAGAGGAGCACCGGGCACUCGGUCAGACUCAUGGUGCGACAGAUACAGCGGUCAAGCUGAGAAAGCACAUAUUGGAGAGAUUGGCUUUGUUCUUGUCUGAUCGACGUUCUGCAAGCAAAUACGACAUCGACUGGCUUAAAGGAUCAGCCGGAGACGUUGAGAACCUGCAAAUCCUACAGGCGGACUCUAUUCAGAUCAAGCGGACGAUCAAAACAACCCAAGCAGAACGGCUCUCGAUCGAGGAAACUUCUGCAGCCUCGAUCAAAAGCACCGGCAAUAGGAUCAGAAUCUACAUCUCGGUUCGUAUGCAGCUUGACAUGUAUGAGGUCGCUCUCACUCUAUGCAACAUCUUGCUAAAGCGAUGUCGGAACGAAGACGUCUUGAUUCUCCAUAGCAUCCUUGAAGCGCCACUGCCGGUACUGAGGCGAAGGGGCUACAAUGUCGACCGCAUCCUGAAUCAGCAGAAAAUCGAAAGGCUUGCGAGAAUUGCUGAUAUGGAAAGGCAGGCGGAAGCGGAGAAGAAGCUGCAAGCAGAGCAAGAGGUGCUGCAAAUCAAUGACGUCGCAGACUCAGCCGACGUUGGAUCGGUCAAAGGCCCCCGCCAGUCUUCGGACAAUCUGUCCGUUGCAUCUAGACCAUCAGAUGAGACAUCGAUACGCAGCUCGGGGAUCAUGAACCACUUAAAAGCUCGUUUCAAGCCGCAAACGGGAUUGAGCUCUACCCCCACUGUGUCUCGGCCAGCGCCAGCGAGCAACGAGGUAACACCUAUGUCGACCAUCAAAGAUGGCGCAUUGAAGGCGGUGGCCGCAUCGCGACCGAACCGGUCGAAAUCGGACAUCAUCAGCGAGCCCAGCGAGAGGAUGGUCAAAGAAAGCGGCGACACUUACUGUGACAAUACUGGGGUCAAGACCAACCUUAUUCCAGCGGGACAAGCUCCGGGAGGUCUAGGCCUCUUUGUCAGCCGAGAUGUUCCUAAUCCCGAGGCGACCAUUCGAGCGCUUGCGAGCGAGUCGCGAGCAUUCGCGACCGAAAUACUGUUACCCUUGGCGACUGUCUUCCAGCUCGAGCCUUCAACCCUGAACGUAUUCUACGACGGGGCCGGUCCCCUCAUAGCCUUCAAUCGCAAUGGCAGCCUAUACAUGAACUUACGAUAUUACCUCGCUUGGCACCACAUCAGCGUCGCCAACGGGGUCAAGCAGGCAGCCUGGACCUCUUGGUUUUUGACGAUCGCGCACGAGUGCGCCCAUAACAUGACGCCCCUUCACGACUCUCAGCAUGAAUUCUGGACCUCCUCUAUCAUUGAGACCUUGAUGGAACCCUUUGUCAGACUGCUCGCUACGUCACGAUAGUAUUUCUGCUGAAGUGCAGGUUGUAUUGAUCAGUCACCUAUAUCAUCAACGCCACAUAUAUGCUUCACGAAAUACGACACACCCCUGAGCAAGAUAUAUAGUAUAUCUGCGACAAGGGAUCUCGUCUCGCAAUGCUGACUAGAGGGUCAGGUGUGAUGUGCCAGGCCGACCCACACUGAGAC